AUGCCGGCGCCGCUCGCCGCCUCCUGGCGCCGGCAUGCCUCCGCCGCGGCGUCCUCCUCCACUCCCCGGACCCUCCUCUUGCUCGUCCCGGUUCUCAUCCUCCUCGUCUUCGUCCUCUCCAGAGCCCCAGAUCUCACCUUCUCCCCGGCCACUGCCGCCACGCCCCGCCUCGCCGCGCAGCUCCGCCCCUUCGACUGCUACGCCUCGCCGCAGGCCUCCCCGGUCUUGGCGAGCCUCGUGGAGGGCGUGCCCCGCCCCUUCCUCUACUCCCUCGCCGACCUGGGGUCGCUCCCCGACCGCCCGCACCGGAACAUCGCCCGCCUCCUCAAGAGCAAGCGCUUCCGCAAGCCCGACAUCUCCCAGACCGUCCAGGAGCUGCUCGCGGGGGAGGUAGGGAGGGGCUCCGGCGGCGGGGUGGUGGUGGACGUCGGGGCCAAUGUUGGGAUGGCGGCCUUCGCGGCGGCCGUGAUGGGGUUCCGGGUGGUGGCAUUCGAGCCGGUCUUCGAGAACCUGCAGCGGAUCUGCGACGGGGUUUACCUGAACCGGGUGCAGGACCAGGUGGUGGUGUAUCAUGCUGCAGCAUCUGACCGAGUUGGGAACAUCACAAUGCAUAAGGUGAUUGGACGACUCGACAACAGUGCUAUAUCUGCAACUGGUGCGAAGUUAGCAUUCAAAUCUAAUGAAGAAGUUGCUGUCGAGGUUGCUACAAUCCCAUUGGAUGAAGUCAUUCCAGAUGCAGAGCGAGUGGUUCUGGUCAAAAUUGAUGUUCAAGGUUGGGAAUCUCAUGUUCUGAGAGGUGCAUCAAAGUUGCUCUCAAGGAGGAGAGGUGAAGCUCCCUACCUUAUAUACGAAGAGGACGAGCGCCUGCUGCAGGCGAGCAACAGCAGUGCACAAGAGAUAAGGGCAUUUCUUGGCAGUGUUGGUUACAAUCAGUGUACGCGGCAUGGGACGGAUGCUCACUGUACAAAAGAAUAG